GAGCGUAGGAAACCCUAGAGAGGAAAACUUGCCUCAGACAACCUUCGGUGAAGCUCGAGGGUCUAGCUACAGCCAUGGAGACUGCUAGAACGGUGAAGGAUGUUUCCCCUCAUGAGUUCGUUAAGGCUUAUGCGGCUCAUCUGAAGCGAUCGGGGAAGAUGGAGCUUCCUCACUGGACUGAUAUUGUGAAGACCGCAACAUUCAAGGAGCUUGCACCAUAUGACCCAGAUUGGUACUACAUCAGAGCCGCUUCCAUGGCCCGGAAAAUCUACUUAAGACAGGGCAUUGGUGUUGGGGGUUUUAGAAAGAUUUAUGGUGGCAGUAAGAGGAAUGGCAGUCGUCCUCCACACUUCUGCAAGAGCAGUGGUUCUAUUGCCCGACACAUUCUUCAGCAGUUGCAGAAGAUGAAUAUUGUUGAUAUUGAUCCCAAGGGUGGAAGGAGAAUCACCUCAAGCGGGCAGAGGGACCUGGACCAAGUUGCUGGAAGAAUAGUGGUUGCUCACUGAGUCAUUACAUAUUCUGUUUUCUGAAGGUCCUGUAGGGCUUUCUUUUAAUUUUGAUGUAGCCAAUAGUAUUGUUAGGUGUUUUCCUUCUCUGCUGCUUAGUCAUUAAAAGAUGGAAUUUGAUUUACUUUAGUUAUUCAUUCUGAGUUUUCAAAUGGCGACCCUUUUGUUAUCUUGAGAAUCUGUCAUAUUGGCGACACAACUUGAAAAACUUGCAAUGCAAAAAUGCUUUUAUUUUUUCUAGAAAUUCGAUAUA